UGAUAUUUUAUUUACUCCUGAAAUCCAAGAUGGCCACCUUGAACAUCUCGAUCCCAUAGCAAUUGAGGAUGCAAGUAGCUACCGAAAAAACAACUUUUCCCCGACCAUCUCAUCCCCUGAAAUUCAAUUCGAAUUUUGCGGAUGACCCCCUUACAUCUUAUUAGCCACUAAAUAGCCAUUGCAUUUUCGCGCAAAUCCCUUCAAUUUGCCAAUUUGAAGUAGUUUCGCGAAGUAGCUCGCGCUGUCGCUGUCUGUCCGAAGCGAGGUUCAGACAGGCAGCACAUCCAAAUGGCCGAACCGAGAAAAGUACAAUUUGUCACCCUCUCGGCCUUCGCUGCUGGAUCAGCCACGGAGACUAGGAAACGCCGGUUGGAGGAUGACGAGGCCGACAUCGACUUGGAUGCGGAAUGUGAGGGCGACACGAAAGCGUCCGGGGCAGAUGGUGGCGGUGGGCUUUUCGGCAAAACUAGUAGUGACAAGGACAACGCUGAAGGAAAACGGAUUACCGUGCGGUUGAACCUAUCUCUGUCUGAGCCCAGCGAUCAAUCGUCGGCCGAGUUUAACUACAGCGAACUCAUCCAAAACAUCCAGGCAAAAAAGAUCACUCCUUCUCCAGCCCCGACUCAGACUCCAACUCCUUUUAUCCUGCCUCCCGCCCUUGACCCUAGCGACCCUUUCAACAAUGACGAGAAAGAACAACUGCAGGUGGAGGCCCUGGCCAAGAAGUUUGAGAACAAAUAUGGCAAUGCAAAUGCAGCAGGAAAGAGGAAGAGGAAGGAUAGGAUGCAGGAUCUGAUUGACAUCGGCUUCGGCUACGACGAGACCGACCCUUUCAUUGACAACUCAGAGGCUUAUGACGAGCUGGUCCCGGCCUCCCUGACUACCAAGCUGGGAGGGUUCUACAUCAACACGGGCACGCUGCAGUUCAGAGCUGCUUCCGAGUCUGAGGGAGAGGAUGGGGGCAAGGAUGUCAAACCCAGAGUAAGGGAGCUGAAGGAUGGCGAGGAGCAAGUGAUCAAGAGACGAAGGAGGAAAGAAGGAAACAAUUUGGAGGAGAAGAAACCCCGGAAGAACAGAGUGCCCAAACCAGGAGUGUCCUCUCUGAUGAACAUCCACCGGCCAGAGAAGAAGAAGAGGAAGAAGCUGAUGAAGGACUCGUUGUGCUUGGCAGCCAUGUUGCGCCGCUUCACCCGGGAGAAGCAGGAGAUGAGGAAGAUGAACCCCACCGUGCCGCACCCCGGCGUGGGUAGCUCCGUGGCCAACGCCCCGCGAGCCAACCACCUGCUGGCUAACUCCCACCUGCACGCUAACGCGGCUAACAACGACGUCUCGUUGGCCGAGCUCACCGCGGACCCCGCCAUGAUGUCACUGCUGGGCUCGGCAAAUGAGAAGGAGCUUCAGGAUCUUUUGGGUGACCUGGACUUCAGCCUUCUGGACAGCUCGGCUAAUCCGCACGUGGCCACGCCCGGGAGAGAGAAUGGCCUGAUGGGAAUUGGAGUUUCAGGGCCGAAGCCGAGUGGGGGCGGGUUAGGGAGGGGCCUGGGGGUUUCAGGGGGUCUCCUACACCCACCUCCGCUCCCUGACGGCCUGCCUGCUCCCCUCAUCAAGCGCAUCGAGGACCUACGGGCGGCCUCUCGUCAGUUUGAUCAAGAGGGAAGGAAGAAAUUCUUCACCCUGGAUAUGAAUAACAUCCUACUGGAUAUUGAGCUGCAGGUGCAGGAGCAGCCGAUGGGGCUCCGUGGGGAGGUGUAUUCUCACCUGGAGGCCUUUGUGCCCUGCAAUAAGGAGGCCCUGCUCAAACGCCUCAAGAAGCUUAGCCUCAACAUCCAGGACGACCGUCUGCGUACGCCCCUGUUGAAGCUGAAGCUGGCUGUGUGCAGUGUGAUGCCCGAGCAGAUCCAACGAUACAACUUGGACUACAUGGUCAAGGCUGCCAACAGGCAGCAACCCGGAGAGGGAGAGAAGAACGGAUCAGAGGAAGAGGACGAGGGGAAGCCGGGGAAGAGGAUGAUGGGCCCACGGAAGAAGUUUGUCUGGGACGACAAGCUCAGGUCGCUGCUGUGUAACCUGGUGCGUGUGAAGUUGAGCUGCUACGAACUGGAGUCGUCUCAGUGCUCUCUCUCCGUGGAGGAUUACCUCAAGGCCUUCAUGGAGAACGAGGUCAAACCACUGUGGCCGAAGGGCUGGAUGCAGGCCAGGAUGCUGUUCAAGGAGAGCCGUGUUGUACACAGUCACCUCACUGUCAACAUGGCCAAGAAAAGGAUGGUCCCCACCCCCAGGGCUAAAGCAAAGGAGGGCCAAUGGAUCCAGCAGAGGCCUAAUCUCCCCACCGCCACCACCCCUUCUCUCCCCCACGUCCCCUCCACCCCCUCCGUCAUCCAGGCCCGAGGGACCUCCUCGUCCCCCUCGGAGCCCAUCUGCCUGUCCGACUCGCUGGACGAGGAUCUCCGCGCCCCCUCCCUGGAUUCCGUCUCCCACGCCCUCGCCUUCCUCAGCCAAGCCGCCAAGGGCCUGGGUCCCCACGGCAGCGUCACUGACCUCACCCUCACCUCCCCCUCUCCCCCCCCUCUCCAGAUCCCCAACUCCUCCCCUCCUCCAUCACCCCCCACUACUCCCCCUCGUCUUCCCUACUCACCUCACAUUCUCUUUCCAAGACUCGCGGGGGCCACGUUGGUGUCUCGUGGCGCCGAUGGAGUGUACGGCGUGAUGAAAGGGGCCGGCUCUAUGGGACAGACUCAGAGACACAAUGUCAGCAUGGCGACCUCCACUCACAGGCAAGGGGGCAUGACCGGAGGGAGUAAGCUCCACCCACCGUCGUCCCCCUCCCCGCCCACCAAGCAGCGUCCCCCUCCCACAGCCUCUCCGCUCCUGCCCCCCCAUCAGAAGGUCGCCCUGGGCAUGGGUCCCGUGCCACCAACUCCCACUCACACCCCCAGCAGCUCAACUCCAAGAGCUUCCCAGCAGCUCAACUCCAAGAGCCCCCAGCAACCCUCCUACCUCACCUCCACUGUGGGCUCCUCACCCUCCCAGUCCCCCUCCCACCACCAGGGAAAAUCCAAGCCCCACCACCAGUCCAACUUCAUCACCCCCAUGCAGGCAACCCUCACCAAGUCCUCCCACAGCAACAACUCCUCCCCAAUCAUCAAGCUCACCCCUCGCCCCCCCGCCCCCACCCCUCCUCCCAUCUCCUCCCCUUCCUCCUCCUCUUCCAACCUCCUCUCUCACUCUCAAAUGAUCUCCAGCCCUCUCCAGUACCAGUCCCCCAAGACUGCCGGUUUCCGCCCCCCAUUUAGUGUCCAAGGUGGGGGUCAGGUGAAGUCGGGCCAGGGCAGUUAUAGCUUCGCGGGGAGCCAGAAGGGUCCGUCUGUCAUUAGCAGUAGUAGCGUUAGCAGCGCUACCUCCAACAGCAGCCCCAUGCGCAUGUCGCCCGUCACCAGUCGCCCGGACAACAGCCCCUCCCCCUCUGGCACGGUCUCGACCAAUCACGGACAGAGACAGAGGGCCGUGGGCGGAUCCAAGGCUGUAGGCAGUCGGGUGCCCACGUCAACCAUGGCCACACCCUCCGUUACCUCACACCUGACGCAGGUGUCAGCUGGCAGUCCCCUCCUGGGCGGGCCACUUGGCUUUGGGAUGUUGGGGGGGCUGGUGCCCGUCUCGCUGCCCUUCCAGUUCCCCUCGCUGCUCAACUUCACUCCUCCUGGAGCCCCGGGGGUCAGCAGCCAGGGCACGGGCGCCAACUCAGGAUACAGCCUCUCACAGAGCGACUUAAUGGAUCUGUAUAAGAGUCUCCAGUCAGGGUCACAGGCUGCUCUACCUCCUCACUUGCAGCUUGCUUUCUCAGAUACGAACCAAAGCCAGGGUGGCGACAUGAAGAGGAAGUCCCACUGACCAAUGGAGACGGAGGACAGAGCGUGACAGACCUCCACUAGGAUCACUUUGAUUGGACAGAUGGACACAAUUAUGUAAUAAUACAGGGGGGUGGAGCCUUCUUCCCUCAAUAUGGACCUGAAGAAUCAAUUCCCCCUCACCAUGACGAUUUCUGAAUUUAAUUUAACUAUUUUUAUUAUUACUGGGUAUAAAAUGGACCUUGGGUGAAUGAUAAUGAAACUUUUUUUCCUUACAUUUCUUUUCGUGUCAACAUGUUUACAUGACCGACCUUUAUCACUGUGGAAUGAGGACAGGGUCGUAUUCAUUAGGCUCCAAACAUAGAGAAAUUAAUACAGAAACAAGGACGGACUGCCUGAACACUCGUUUUCGAAAAAGCGUUUUGCUGUGUUGUGUACCAACGGAGUGCACAUACUGCAACGAAUGUCGACCCGGUCGUUCGGCGCGGUCUGUUUUACAGACCAUCCCGCCAAUGACGGUCUGAUUGAUGACAUUUUCGCUCGAUUCUACAUGUAGAAUCAGUUUGCAAAUUACGGCUGGCACUCUGUUCAGAGGUGCUAAGUACUCUCGGCCUGCAAACGCUAC